AUGGCUCUCACGGAACUGGCCAAAUACGCACUCGAGCAUGCAACACGCACAAACAACAUCAAACUCCUCCUAGCCAUAUCGGCCAUCUUCCUCUACAAGUACCGUUCUCAUGCUGUCGGUACCCGUCACCGCCCAGACCUUAAGGCCCCUAAAGGUGCAGUCCCCUUUCUCGGCCAUAUGCCCCUCCUCGCCAGCAUCCAUGGCACCAAGCUGUACGAUUUCUUUGAGAAGAACUAUCGUGAGUUGGGACCUGUCUGGUCGAUUUCGUUGCCCUUUAUUGGACGUAUGGUCCAGGGUGACUCUCCCGAGUUGCUCGAACAUGUCUUGAAGCACAACUUUUGGGCGUAUGAGAAGGGUCCUAUCCUGAAGGGUGUACUCUUUGACCUCUUUGGCAAAGGUAUCAUCACCUCGGACGGACCCCAAUGGAAGUUCCAGCGCAAGAUGGCCUCCCACAUCUUUAACGUCAAAGCCUUCCGUGAGUACACCAGCGAUGUCUUCAACAAAGAGGCGGAGAAGGUGUUGGCUUACCUCGGCAAAGCUGCUGAUGCGGGUACCCAAAUUGAUUUCCAUGCCCUUAUGCUCCACUUUACCCUUGACAGCUUUGGGACCGUUUCGUUCGGAGAAAGCUUCGGAUGCUUGGAUAAUAUCGAGUCCGAGGUCGAUUUCGCAGUCGCCUUUGAUGAGUUGACCUCUAUUUGUUCUGACCGUCUGAUGGAUCCUGCCUGGAGGAUCCGUGAGGCCUUGACGAAAGUCGGCAAGAAAACUGUCCACGACCGCAACGUGGUUCGUGGGCAUGCAUUCAAGAUUAUCGAAAAACGUCGUGCAGAGGUAUACUACAAGCCUAAGAAGGAUCUGUUGCAGUUGUUUAUGGAGACCAAGGAUGAGGAGGGGAAUGAGUUGACAGAUGAGCACCUUGUCGAUGUCAUCUUGAACUUUACUAUUGCAGGACGCGACACGACGGCACAGACCCUCUCCUGGAUGUUCUACCUUUUGAACCGAGAUGGUACCGACCCCUCCAUCAAACAGACUUUGGUCCGAGAGGUCGAUGAUGUCCUUGAGGGUGAACUGCCAUCGUAUGAGUCCUACAAACGGCAUAAGUUUGCCGAGGCAUGCGUCAACGAAGCUCUCCGAAUCUUCCCCGUCGUCCCUCGUAACCUCAAACUCUGCGUCCAAGACGACGUGCUCCCCGACGGAACCAAGAUUUACGCCGGAGAAUGGUUCACCUGGUCCUCCUACGUUAUGGGCCGCUCCGAAAAGAUCUGGGGUCCAGACGUGCUCGAAUACAAACCCUCUCGUUGGUUGCAAGGCGAAAAGUUCUCGCAGGGAAAAUUCAGUUCUUUCCAUGCGGGUCCUCGUGUCUGUCUGGGUAUGAACUUUGCGAUGCUGGAAGCCCUCACUGUGAUAGGACUUAUGCUGCAAAAGUUUGACUUGACGCUUGUGGAUAGUGCAAAGUUGCCACCUUAUGGUGUGUCAGUGACGCUCCCCAUGCUGGAGGGUUUGCCGAUGAAGGUGACGCAUCGUCGUGCUGCUGUAGGUCUUUGA